AUGACGGUUGUUGGAGAGCAAGGAGAGAAUGGGGUUCAGCGGUCCGUGCAAGAUGAAGUGGCACGGUUGGAAGCGGAACGGUUGCGACGGCUGCAACACGGUGGGACCACGUCGGCUCUACUGGGGCAGCGACGCCCGCGAUCGUCCGGAGAUGCGAGCGGAGUGGACGCGACGGCGCAGGUAGCCACUGCUGCCGGUCGUGACUCGCUUCGCCAGGAAACGAGGGAGGCUCUUUGGGCCGAUGAAGACGAUGAUGAACACAAGACCGCAGAUGAACACGGUGAUGCGGUCGGAGCUCAAGCAGAACAAGAGCUCGAGAUGAAGAUGGCUCCGUCGCCAGGCCCCGAGGCUGUGCAAACGGUCGAGGAAGACGGUGAGGAUGCCGAAUUUGAUGAAACGGAACAGUACUGGUCGGCGGAGGACUACGGCUACAGUGAACUCGCUGAGUACGAACCGUCCUACUACACGGACUACGUGAAGGAAGAACUUGAAGAAGUGCAGCAGCAGAGGACCCCGAGUGGCUUCAUCCCGAUGUACACGGGAACGGAGAAGCGUCUGCCUGGAGGUCCUGUAUUUGGCUGGAGCGUCGGUGCCCAGCAAGGAGGCUACGGUGGCUGGGGAACGGUGCCGAAGCCCACGGUGAAGAUGGAGCGGAAGUUGAAAGUGGAGCCUACAGGGUAG